AUGGGGAAGGGCUCCUUUAAGUACGCCUGGGUUCUCGACAAGCUGAAGGCCGAACGGGAGAGAGGAAUCACCAUCGACAUCUCUCUGUGGAAGUUCGAGACCACCAAAUAUUACAUCACCAUCAUCGAUGCCCCCGGACAUCGUGACUUCAUCAAGAACAUGAUCACCGGAACAUCACAGGCAGACUGCGCGGUGCUGAUCGUGGCGGCCGGCGUGGGUGAGUUUGAGGCUGGAAUCUCCAAGAACGGGCAGACCCGAGAGCAUGCCCUGCUGGCGUACACCCUGGGUGUGAAACAACUGAUCGUAGGGAUCAAUAAAAUGGACUCUACUGAGCCGCCAUACAGCGAGAAGCGUUACGAUGAGAUCGUGAAGGAGGUCAGCGCCUACAUCAAGAAGAUUGGCUACAACCCGUCCACCGUGCCCUUUGUGCCCAUCUCUGGCUGGCACGGGGACAACAUGCUGGAACCAUCCCCCAAUAUGCCUUGGUUCAAGGGAUGGAAGGUGAGAGAGGAAGGAAGGCAAUGCCAAUGGAGUUUCUCUUCUGGAAGCUUUGGACACAAUCCUGCCCCCAACUCGCCCCACAGACAAACCUCUCAGACUGCCCCUCCAAGAUGUCUACAAGAUUGGCGGUAUCGGCACAGUUCCCGUGGGCCGAGUGGAGACUGGCAUCUUGAAACCUGGCAUGGUGGUGACCUUUGCCCCUGUGAACAUCACCACUGAGGUGAAGUCUGUGGAGAUGCACCAUGAGGCCCUCAGCGAAGCUCUGCCUGGUGACAACGUUGGCUUCAACGUCAAGAAUGUGUCCGUGAAGGACAUCCGCCGUGGCAACGUGUGUGGGGACAGCAAGGCUGACCCUCCCCAGGAAGCUGCCCAGUUCACCUCUCAGGUGAUCAUCUUGAACCACCCAGGUCAGAUUAGUGCUGGAUACUCCCCCGUCAUUGACUGCCACACUGCUCACAUCGCCUGCAAGUUCGCAGAGCUUAAAGAGAAGAUUGAUCGUCGUUCCGGUAAGAAGCUAGAGGACAACCCCAAGGCUCUGAAGUCUGGAGAUGCUGCCAUUGUAGAGAUGAUUCCUGGAAAGCCCAUGUGUGUUGAGAGCUUUUCCCAGUACCCUCCACUUGGGCGUUUUGCCGUACGGGACAUGAGGCAGACUGUGGCUGUUGGGGUCAUCAAGAACGUGGAGAAGAAGAGCGGAGGUGCUGGAAAGGUCACCAAGUCCGCCCAGAAGGCCCAGAAGGCUGGCAAAUGA